AUGAACUUUAUUCAGCUGAUCUGCGUCUUUUUUGCCGUCCUCGCCGGUCUUAUGGUGCAGGCCGCCCCUAACCACCACCACGGCGGUCACCACAACGGCCCGGUCAUCCAUCUGCCCAACAUUUUCGGCCAUAACCACCACGGUGGACAUCACGGAGACGGACAUCACCACGGAGGACAUCACCACGGGCAUGGCGACGGUCACGGGUACGGUCACGGACACGGAUACGGACAUGGAUACGGGCAUCACGGC